GCGCGGGAGCAGCGCAGGGAGCCCGGCGCCCUCCUGCAGGCCGAGGACCGGCUGCGCUACUCGCUGACCCCCCGCUACCGCGGGCUCUUCCAGCAGCUGGGCCGCCUCGAGGGCGGCCUGCGCUUCCUGGUGGAGCUGCGGGCCGACCUGGUGCACGGGCUGGCCACCAAGGCGCUGGACGGGCCGCACGUCAAGGAAAUGAAUGGAGUUUUAAAGAACAUGCUUUCAGAAUGGUUUUCAACAGGAUUCCUAAAUUUGGAGCGGGUCACUUGGCAAUCAUCUUGUGAAGUUCUCCAAAAAGUUAGUGAUUCUGAAGCUGUGCAUCCUGUUAGAAACUGGCUUGAUAUGAAGCGUCGAGUUGGGUCAUAUAGAAGGUGCUACUUUUUUUCUCACUGUGCAAUCCCAGGAGAACCACUGAUAGUCUUGCAUGUGGCACUAACCAGUGAAAUCUCCAGCAGCAUCCAGGCCAUAGUGAAAGAAGUUCAUCCUGUAGAAACAGAAGAUCUGGACAAAAUUACAACAGCAAUUUUCUAUUCAAUCAGUUUGACUCAGCAGGGACUUCAAGGUGUCGAACUUGGGACUUACCUCAUCAAACGGGUGGUAAAGGAGCUGCAGAAGGAACUUCCUCAGAUAAAGGAUUUUUCUAGUCUUUCGCCUAUCCCAGGAUUCACAAAAUGGCUUGUUGGUCUCCUCUCAUCGCAAACUAAAGUGGAAAGAAACGAACUGUUUACAGAAUCCGAGUGGCAGGAAAUCUCUGCUGUCACAGGAGGCCCUCCCGCCGAAACGCUGAAGAAACUGUUAAACAACAACGAAUGGGUGAGAUCAAAAAAACUGGUCAGCGCGCUCCGCCUGCCCCUGAUGAGGCUCUGUGCCUGGUACCUGUAUGGAGAGAAGCAUCGUGGCUUCGCUCUCAACCCCGUGGCCAACUUCCACCUGCAGAACGGCGCGGUGCUGUGGAGGCUCAACUGGAUGGCAGACACCAGCCCCAGGGGCAUCGGGGCCUCGUGUGGCCUCAUGGUGAAUUACCGGUAUUUCCUAGGGGACACGGCCGGGAACAGUGCGGCCUACCUAGGGACAAAGCAAAUCAAAGCAUCAGAGCAAGUGCUUGCCUUGGUUUCGCAGUUUCAGCAAAAUAGCAAGCUUUAAAUGCUGCUAAGGAGUAAGAGCAAGUGUUUCUC